AUCAGCGUAUCCGCCUACUACAGGCCGCCGGUAUCCCGGAUGGAAUCAUCACACGCCACGCACGAGAAACCAACAUCAUUCUGGGCUCGCGACGACGUUCAAAGACCAGCUGGAAAGACGGCGAAGUGGACGAAAAGGAUGAGGGCGAAGAGGAUACGUACAGGAAGUUACUAAAAAAACGCAGUGCUGAGCAGGCCUUGCUAGAGCAUCCGCGUUCCAUCUUUUUGCGACGACCACGAAUGAUCCCGGUAAAUUAUGUAUAGCUGCACCGACCGCCAGCCAAUACAAGCCAUAUUUCGAAACCAAUCUAUUUGACGGAUAUGAAAGACGCCUAAGUUACUUGGUAUGAGAUGCAUACAAAGGAACGAUUUGGGCGGAUGAGAUAAAUAAGCUGACGAAAACUAAGCGACUGGGUAUGAGAGCAGAAAGCGCAUACAGCACACUCUAGUUCAUUUGUUGGCACGCGCACAUUCGUAAGAAUUAUUUAAGCACUUGGAUUCAUCAAUAGUAUCGUCUUUCUUGAUCAUCACUGGCUUUCUCGAUUGAACCGAUUGUUGACAUCAGAUUAACGCUGCGGCUUGAACAUCGACAACGCAUCGGUAGAUUCAGCAAAUAGAUCUCGUAAUCACAAGCUCAUACGUUAGACUUGAGUGUUAAGGGAUGUGGAUAACCGGACUCCUUAAUGAAACUAUCCAUAAUAUUUAUCUACUUAGCCGUAUCUCAUGCUAUUUUGUAUGAUUGAGAUGUUGUUGGACACUUUGCAGCCGCUAGAGAAACCACCACUAAAACUUGAUACACGUAGCUGCUUUUACCCUGACAUAAACCCCUUACCUACGUUUCUUGGCCAAAAUCCGUUGCACAUCGCCUGCUGCGUUCUGUCCAUCGCGACAGGCAGAUCAAAAUCGAACGGAUGCUAUCGCUCACUUGUACCGCCGCUUGAGUGACGUGCGAAUUGUUUCAAGGCUUUGCAAGGUCCGUCUUUCGAUAAAUGUGUUAAGCUAGAAUAUACUUGCCUUUCGCCGUCUCUCCGAUACGUGCAAUAUGUUAAAUAAGCUUAUGCAUUUCUUAUCUCUCUAUCUAUAUGAUCACAAACAUGAUGGUGGUGAUGAGUAAGCACUUAACACUAGAUGGGAACUGUGCAGAAUCAUG